CGCUGCAGUAGGACCGUACAGCGGGGUUAUUAGAGCACCAGCCUGUUCGGUCACACUUCUUCAAUUCGGUUGAAUCGAGAUGAACGACGAGGAAAUCAUAAAGCAGCGCCUGCUGAUCGACGGAGACGGCACUGGAGAAGAUCGGCGACUUAACGUGCUGCUUAAGCAGUUUCUGAAGUGGGCAAACGCCAAGAGCGACUCGCCGGAAACCAACCCCAUUAUGUAUGACCGUUUAAUGGCCCAGUUCGCUCAGUGCAAGCUCACCGCGAUGAAAAAUAUCCAGACGCUUCAGAUGAUUGCUGAAGAGCGAGAGAAUUACAGUGAGCUGAUGAAACAGCACGAGCUGAGCAUCGUCUUAGCUAAGGAGGAGAUCGAAGCGAGUAAGAAGGAGCUGAUCACUGCCAAGCAGAUUCGCAAAAACAAGAUGGAGUACGAUCUACUGGCAUCACUCAUUCAGGAGCAGCCUGACCGCAAUGGCCAACAAAAGCAGAUCGAGACCAUAAAAAGAGAGAUUGAUGACUUGGUACAGAAAAAGCUUAAGAUGGAGCGCAAGUUUCAGAAACGUCGUAAUGACUUUACGCUUCUCAUGUAUACGAUCCACGAGUUGGAGCAGCAGCUAGAUCAGGACAACAGUUCCUCUUCGUCUUCUUCAUCCUCCUCGUCGUCCUCCCCUUUCAGUGAAACCGAGGAGCCGGACCUGGAUGACAACGGCAUUAUGGAGGUGAGCGACGAAGAUGACGAUCUUAACAACAGCAGUGCCACCAAAUUUGAUGGAAUCCGCGGUGAACCAAAGUUCUACUCUGUUUCUACGGAGGACUCCAAGGCCAUGUCUGUGGAAGAGGACACUGUGCUCGAGCUGAGUAUUGACAAGGAUGAGCAUGAUGUAGAUGUAGCCGUGGCCAGUUAGGUUAAAAAGCAAUUAUAAAAAUCAUCAAAAGUAAAAAUAAAUGGCAAUGGCUUUGUGAUUUGACAAAACAAGGCUUGUUUUCAUAAAAA